AUGAUCUCUUCUCCAGGCUAUGCCCUCAUACCUUCCACUAAAUCCGAUAACUUCUCAGACUCCAGCCACAGUGAGAUUUCAUCCCGGUCCAGCAUCGUGAGCAACUGCUCGGUGGACUCCAUGUCAGCAGCGCUGCAAGAUGAGAGGAGUUUGUCCCAGUCUCUCAUUGUGGUGGAUUCAGGAGGGCCAGAGAGGAAAGAGCAUCCUCAGCCUCUGGCCGACUAUGGCCAGCCAUGCCCAGGCUGGUCCAUCAGUAGGCCUGCUCUCAUCAGAGGGAUGGCUUUCACAUCCUCCAUGAGCAACGAGGAGAUCUCCCACGAGCACAUCACAGUAGAGGCAGCAGAUAGCGGCCGGGGAAGCUGGACUUCAUGCUCAAGUAGUUCUCAUGACAACUUCCAGAAUAUCCCAAACCAGAAGAGCUGGGAUCUCCUCAAUUCUUACCGUCACACGCAGCUGGACGGACCCAUAGCUGAAGUGGAUCCCACAAACUGUUACUCUGAGGAGGCUUACUUGUAUUCGGAAGCCUUUUCCAAAACCAACAGGCAGUCGAAAGCCAGCGUGGAGCCGGAUCAGUCUCGGCAGAGCUGGGCCUCCUCCAGCUCACUCUCAGACACCUAUGAAACAAACUAUGGGACAAUUAAGCGGAGGGGGCUGGAGAACUCGACAGCCGAGCAGACAGAGGUUUUGGACUCUAAACCAGGCGCUGAUACAACUUACAAAACAGUUACUUCGAGUACAGAGAAAGGCCUGAUAGUGUACUGUGUCACCUCACCUAAGAAGGACGAUAGGUAUAGGGAGCCACCGCCCACCCCUCCGGGAUAUAUGGGGAUAUCUUUAGCGGACAUAAAGGAAGGAUCGCCCCAUCACCCACACCUAAAACCUCCAGACUAUAGUGUGGCAGUGCAGAGGUCAAAGAUGCUGCACAGUGACCUCUCUAGACUUUCAUCAGCUCCUCUCGGUAGUGAACCGGUGGCCUGUAUUGCAUCGAAGAUGCCUCAGUGGCAUAGUCGGCAGCCGUCCAACCCCAAACUAGCAGAUAUGACUGACGCAGAUAGUGAAGAGGAUGAAGAUGAACAAGUAUCAGCAGUGUAACCAUUGGGCUAUUUCUGUAAACCAUAACACAAAGGAUGUGGGGAGAAGGACCACACGAUUCUGUUAGCCAGUGCUAACGACUUGCUGCUACUAACCUCAGACAUUGCAUUUGCCUCUGUCACGGA